AUGAUCUUAAUGAUGUUAUCCCCUUUUCUUUAUAUCAAGUCCAACGCACUCUCCCAAUUUCUCCUCUUCCUCAACUCACUUUCGUUUCAUUCAUAUUUCCUUUAUCCAACCAUAUUUUCCAUUCGUAAUCCUUCUGUAUAUAAUUUUCUUUUUUCUCUUUCUUUUUUCUUCAUUCUUUUUUUAUAUCACUUUCUGUCAUCUUUAUUCCAGUCUCAAAACGGUUUCCUCUCAUUCCUCUUCUUCUUCUUCUUCUUCUUCUUCUUCUUCUUCUCACUCUCUUUAAUUCUUUUUCACUAUCAAUCUUUCCACCGGCAUUACUUUCUCUCUUUGUUAUCUUUCUUAUGCCCUCUCUUCCUCCUCCUCCUCCUCCUCCUCUUGACUGUAAACGAUUUCUUGUCUCUGCUCUUUCUUUUAAUCUCUCUGUUAUAUAUCUCUCCUCCCCUUCUCUCUCCCUCUCCCCUCUCUCUCUCUCUCUCUCUCUCUCUCUCUCUCUCUCUCUCUCUCUCGUUAGCUUAA